GUGCAGCGUAAAUUAAACAGACGAUGUCCAACGACGCACUGUGGGUGUCUGACGCCAUGUUGGACUCACUCAGUAUGCAACUUCGGGAUGCCGAAGCUCGCCGAGCGGAAGCAGAACGUGCACACCAGGACGCUCUGGCACAGCUUAGAGGUAUGUCGUCCGGCAUGGGUAGGAUAAGUGAACCGAUAGAAACGUUGCAGUCCAGAGCCCGCGAGUUGGAGAAGAAGGCUGCACUAGAAACGGUGCGAUGCGAAGAGCUACAGCUUGAACUAUCGGCUGCCCUUAAAUCACGACCUGGCCGUACGCACAGUUCCGGCCCGACCGGAUCGAGCGGUACGAUGCUCGGUGGCAUUGGUGACGGUAUGACGGGUCGGAGCACCGUAGGCAAUAGCUGCAGUACCGCAACCGCCAUGAAUCCUUCGUCGGCCAGCGCAACACUCAACAGUAUCGGCAGCAGCGCUUACGGCCACACGAGUUCGGUCACGACCAACACUAGCGCCCUCGAGCGGUCGCUAGCGGGCUAUGGUAGUGCGACCAGCGGAAGCGUUGGUGGGAGCGGAGGAGGCCGCGGCAUGGACGGUAUGGGUAUCGGUGGUAUCGGUCACAGCACAAGCAUCGGUAUGAGCAGCAGCAGUGGCAUCGGGAGCGGCAGCACGGGCAACACGGGUGGCAGCACCGUCACCUGGGCGCCAACGCCGACCGGACACCAGCAAGGGACCGAGAUUGAUAGAAUAAUGGCAAAGAUCGAACAGGCACGUUUAUCCAUUGCUAAUGACAAUCGCAUACUGGCCGAGCUCGAGCACCCACGCACAACCGGACCGAUCAUGUCCUCGGCACUGGGCUCCGGCGGGCUGACGAGCGUCUCGACCAGCCUCGGACUGUCGUCGCAUCAAACGCACCUCCAUCAGACACCUUCGAGUCUCGCAUCGCAGAUUUCCACCUCGGCCAUGCUGAGCGGUCUGUCCGGGCUGACGGGUGCCAGCAUGCCCACUGCCGGCCCGCUCGGUAUGAACUCGAUCGGGCUCGGUGGCGGUGGAGCGGGCGGCGGUAUCAGUUCGGCUAUGACCGCCGGUAUCAGUUCCAUCACCGGUGGCGUCAGCUCGAUGGGUGUCACUUCCAGCACCAGCAGCCAUGCGCUGACCGAUGGACAGUACAGCGCACUCACAUCGUCCACCGGUGGGAGCAGCACGAAUCACUACCCGACCAACGCCAACGUUUCGCCACUGCCAAGCCGGGCAAAUCCAAUGAGCACCACCAUGCCACCUCUCUGCCAGAGUACGACCAUGCCCGUCCUGUCGCUACACAACAUACACUCGAUACCGUCGGGUUCGGCUAGCUACACGCUCGGGUUGAGCGUUGCGCCGGUCGCCUCAUCGUAUACGUUCCCGACGCAUUCGGCCACGACCGGCGGACUGGCGAGCGUACUCGGCACAACGUCCGGCGUCACCGGGGCGGGCGUUUCCGGGCUGAGCGGGCUGGGCAGCGGGCUGGGGACGGGUACCGGACUUAAUCUUACCUCGAACAACCCACUCACCAGCACGCUCGGCACCAAUCUGACCAACUAUAACACCAGCUCGUCCUACUCGACCUACACCAAUCCGCUGCUGAGCGGUACCGGUGGCAUCAGCUCGAAGCUCAACAUGAAACCGCUGGACGAGCUGGACCUGCUGACGCGCUACGGUCAACGGGGCGGCACACCCUGCUCACCCAUUCCGCCCGCCAACUGGGGCCUAGAUAGCUAUACCGGAAUCGAUGGCGUGAAUCCUGCCUUCAUGCACACCCAGAACCGAUCACUCAUCGGGAUGGAACUGGAUGCACGAUCCCACGGUUUAACACUGAACGGUACCGGAGAACCUCAGGUCGACAUGCUGGACAUACCGGGCAAGGGCCGAUGUUGCGUGUUUAUAGCACGAUUUUCCUACGAUCCACCAGAUGUGGAAGGUUCCGAAGGUGAGCUGGCGCUAUGCGCAGGUGAUUACUUACUAGUCUGGGGCAAUGGAGAGCCGCAGGGUGGAUACUUUGAUGCGGAGCUGUUAGACGGCCGGCGAGGUCUCGUGCCAGCGUCGUUCGUACAGAGACUAGUAGGUGACGACCUGUUAGAGUUCCAUCAGGCGGUAGUGUCAACGUUACGCGAUGCCGACGAUGCCCCGAUCCCGCUAGAUCCGGCUCCACUUCCCUCGAACAAUCCGCUUAUACCGCACACAUCGGAAGACCUGGCACGGAUUAGCGAAACACACACCGACCUAGGUCAGGAUUUGGAUGAUGAAGCCGACACAGUUCCUGCACCGAAGCACCUAACCCUGGAACGGCAGCUAAACAAGAGCGUACUGAUCGGCUGGUCCCAGCCGGAUCCACCGAUGUGCAAUCAGAUCGAGAGCUACCACGUGUACGUGGACGGUGUGCUCAAGGUGACGGUCAAGGCAACUGAACGCACCCGCGCCCUCGUAGAGGGCGUAGAUUCCAACCGACCACAUAGGAUUAGUGUGCGCAGUGUGACGCAAAACCGGCGAACAUCGCGUGACGCUGCCUGCACAAUGAUCAUCGGCCGCGACACGGCACACCUUGGACCAUCGGCGGUACGGGCUACGAACAUUACCUGCUCCAGUGCGAUCAUCUCCUGGCUACCGGCGAACUCCAAUCAUCAGCAUGUCGUUUGCGUGAACAACGUUGAGGUGCGAACGGUAAAGCCGGGCGUCUACAGGCACACCAUCACGGGGCUAGCUCCAAGCACACAGUAUCGUGUCACGGUGCGAGCAAAACAUCUGAGAGCACCGGGACAGCAGCAGGCACCACCAGCCGGACCACCGCCAGAGGAAGCACCCGGAGCGUACACCGACUUCCGCACCCUAGCCAAAGGACUGCCAGAUCCACCACAGGAGAUCCAAGUCGAAGCUGGACCGCAGGAUGGUACGCUGCUCGUGACCUGGCAACCGGUAACGCGUCCACCCUCGUCCGGUCCAGUCACCGGGUACGCCGUGUACGCCGACGGCAAGAAGGUAACCGACGUGGACUCACCGACCGGCGAUCAUGCCCUGAUCGAUAUCGGCAAGCUGGUCGGGUUGAACCCGCGUGCCGUCACCGUGCGGACCAAAUCGCGCGACUCACAGUCGGCGGACAGCACACCGACAAUGAUACCAAACCAAGUACGUGCCGCCGCUAGGAACCGGAACCCGGGAGGUGCGAUGCAACCGCAACCGGGUGGUCACAUGCGUAAUCAGCGGAUGAUGAACAACCAGGUGAUGGGCGGCAUGAACAAUCAGAUGCAGCAGAUGAAUCCCAACCAGGUCAUCGAUCACGACGAAAAUCUAAGCGACAAGGAGAUCUACCCGGGAUCGAUGCAUCAGCAGGAACGAUCGCAGCGUGAUUCAAAUAGCAGCAGCAUACCGGCGAUCGAAAUCACGAAAGAUGCAGCCGGUGAUACGUACGUUAGUGACGAUAGCGAGUACCAAGAUGGCGCCAGCAGUGGCGGCGGAAGUAGCCGUCGCCGCAGUGGCUCCCACGGGCCACCGCAGCAGCAACAGGGCUAUCGCAAUCAGGGUAUGGCCGGUAAUCAAGCCGGACGACAACAGAACCCCCAAGGACCAAACCAACAGUACUACGGUAACACCGGUCCGGGACAAUCGCAGCAGGGUAUGGCCGGACAACAGCAGCAGCAGCAGCAACCGGGCAUGAACCGAAACCCCAACCAGCAACGGCCCGGCAUGAACCCGAACCAACCGAUGCCCAACCAGCAGCAGCAACAGCAACAGCAGCAACAGCAGCAACAGCAACAGCGAAUGGCACAGGGUGGCGUUGGGCCGGGCCAGGGCCAGAUGACGGCACAAGGAAUGCAACCAUGUCCACCGCACCUGAUCGGAGCGUCCAAGAAGCCGAGAUAUUUUCUCGCCCUCUUCGAUUACGAUCCGGCCACGAUGAGCCCCAAUCCGGAUGCGUGCGAAGAAGAGUUGCCGUUCAAUGAGGGUGAUACGAUCAAGGUGUACGGUGAGAAGGAUCCGGAUGGUUUCUACUGGGGCGAGCUGCGCGGUCGCCGUGGCUUUGUGCCACACAACAUGGUGCAGGAGAUUGAGGACGGAGCCCAGGGUGGCGUGGGUCCGUCCGUGCGUGGCAUUAGCCGCGAACGAUGGGGUGACAUCUACGCCAACAUGCCAGUGAAGCGGAUGAUCGCACUGUACGAUUACGAUCCGCAGGAGCUGAGCCCGAACGUGGAUGCCGAGCAGGUGGAACUGAGUUUCCAAACCGGUGCCGUCAUACUAGUGUAUGGCGAUAUGGACGAGGACGGUUUCUACAUGGGCGAGCUGGACGGGGUGCGCGGGCUGGUGCCGUCCAACUUCCUCACGGAAGCGCCGGACCAGUACAGCCAGCAGGGCCCGGCCGGCAACAAUCUGGCCCAGCGCACGCUCAACAGCAACAACAACCGCGGCCGAGGGAUCGGACCGGGGGCCCGCGGGCCUCCGCCGCCACCGCGGGACGCCAUGAUGGGCGGCAUGGGUGGCAUGAGCCAACGGGGUCCGCAACGCAAAGAUGCUCGCCCUUCUUCCCCUACACUGUUAGACAACAUGGGUCACCCUGCCCCCGAUCACCAACCCCAGGGGAUGUCGGGGAUAGGCGGGAUGAUCGGUCAAGGGAUAGGGAUCGGUGGUAAUGUCUGCGGGAUGCAGCAGCAACAGCAGCAAACACCGAUGCAACAGCAGAUGCAACAACCGAUGCAGCAACAGAUGCGUAACAACCAGCAGCAGCAACAACCGAUGAUGCAACAGUCCCACCAACAGCAACCGAUGAUGCAGCAACAGCAGCAACCGACACCGACCACAACCGCCUCCUCCGGUGGAGUGUUUUCCACCGCGUCCAAUCUACUAUCCGGUGCGGCCGGUGCCGCCACCGGUGGCCUGUUCGGCAAAAAGCCCGCCACCCAACAACAACAGCAGCAACAGCAGCAACCGAUGCAGCAACAGCAAUCGUCCGGCCCAUUCGGUGGUUUCGGAAUGGGCGGUGGCGGCCAACAGCAGCAACAGCAGCAACAGCAAUCAAUGCAGCAGCAACCCGGUGGCCAACCGGGUCAGCAGCAGCAGCAGCAACAGCAACCCGGCGGCCCCAACAUCAUGGGCAAGAUCCAGGAGAUGGCGGCACCGGGCGGUGAUAUCCUGUCCAAAGGCAAGGAGCUAAUAUUUAUGAAAUUCGGUCUCGGCGGUAAAUAACCCCAGGCGUUUGAUUAUGAUUAUUGUUAUGGUUAUUAUCCUAAUUGUAACUAUCGUUCCGAGCCGCGAGCAACCGUUCGAUUCUGCGUCCGGCUCGUUGUUCGGCUU